AGCCAAACCGGCUAGAGCCCCACAACUAAUUUUAAAAGAAGAGAAGACGGGGCAGCCAAGGCCUCAGCUUCAGUGUCACUGCUUCCUCUCCCUGUCGUAGUGGUCUUCAAAGCCUUCUUCUUGCCUUUGUUUCCUACACACAACGGGCAGGUGACUCUCCCUAAAACACUGCUCUGAAGCUGUCACGGCCCUGCUCCCCAUUGCCUGCAAAUGUAUAUAUCUCCAGACUUCUUGGCUUGGCCUUCAAGGCUCCGAAACCUCAUCAAUCCAUCCUUGCCCCAGACGCACUUUGCAGAGUACCUUCUGCAGGAAAUGUCUUUCCUUCAUCUCUGUCGAAAUCUCACGCAGUUCUUCAAGUUUUAGUUCCCACGUCACCUCAGCCUUCUCUGUUCCAGCCUGUUGGAAGCGACUCCUCUUUUCCCGGAGGUCACUUUCCCACCGUUCCUGUGUGCUCAUCUCACACUGCAUCCUGCAGUUGAGCUACUCAGUGUGGUUUUAUAUCCUCUUCUCCUUUGUGGCACUGGAUCUGAGACAUCCUUGUCUUGCCGGUGACAGGUAGCAUGGUGUUGUGUAUGUAGCAGGAACUGGAGAUACUUCCUGAAUCGAUUAGGGAGGAGAUAGGGAGCUCUGUGGUGCAGUAAAGCAUGAGGUUAGAGGGUGAUGCAUCCAGGAACCCAGCGAGGGCUUUGUGGAGCUGGUGCUUGGAGGACCUGAGUGGGGGCUGUUAGGGUCUGGCUGAGGAGUGGCCUGAGCAAAGAUUCAGAGUAGAAAUGAGCACCUUUGCAGAGGGACCACCUGAUUAUGUAUUUUCACUCUGCAAACAUUUACUCUGCAAGGAAAGAGAAGAAAUGCCCUUUUGGGGCAGUUUUCAGGGCAAGUGGUUGUUAUUACAAUACCAGCCAGGCCUUAGAGAUGGCGAGAGCACUGGGAAGGGGGAGGUGUAGGGCUUGCUCACAGCGGAGUCAGAGUCCCCCAUGGCCAAUAGGAGGAGCUGGAGGAGGCGUGGAUGGGAGCAGAGCUAGCUAAAGAAGAGUCAGGGCUGCACAAGCCGAGCUUGGACAGAAGCGGCAGGUACCGUAGAAGUAAGGCACUUUCUUCACGUUAUGCUACUGUCGCCCAUCUGGCUGAACCGAGCCUGUGUGGCCUUGAACACAGCUUUCCGCAGACCCUCCGAGUCAGAGGGACCUGAAACUUCGUCUUUCACGUGUGUUCCAGCCGUGUCGUUUUGCUUUUGUUGAUUUGGGGGUGUGCUCCCGUUUUCCUCUGCGUACCUCUGUUGUAGGAUAACCAUGUUGUGCUGAAAUGAUCUGUUUCUCUGGUGUUUCCACCAGCGUUCUUCGCUCCUCCGAGCCAAGGACUAUGGAAUCAUGACCUGUGGCAGGGGCACAGUGAUUCUAGCAGGGAGCGGGGUCUGGGAGUGACGCCACGACAUGGUUGGCCAUAGUUCGGAUGUGUCCUGGAGGAAACGUGUUACUAUUCCCUUUGAGAACCCACGAUCACAGGGCCUCCCCCAGUCCUAGCACUGACCUGGCACUUAGUAGAGAGUGGAAUGUCCGUUCCUGGGAGUGUGGGUGGCGGCGGAGCCGGUGAUCACACAGGUUAUGUCUCCGCAGUGGGAGCCCACCAUCGACCUUCUGGAGGCGUUUGUGGAGCACUGGAAGGGCAUCACGCACUAUUACAUCGAGAGCACAGAUGAAAACACCCCGGUCAAGAAGACGGACAUCCCCUGGCGGCUGAAGCAGAUGCUGGACAUCCUGGUGCACGAGGAGAGGCAGCAGGCGGCGGGCGAGGCCGGGCCCUGCCUCGAGUACCUGCUGCAGCACAAGAUCCUGGAGACCCUGUGCACGCUGGGCAAGGCCGAGUACCCCCCCGGCAUGCGGCAGCAGGUGUUCCAGUUCUUCAGCAAGGUUCUGGCCCAGGUCCAGCACCCACUCCUGCAUUACCUCAACGUCCACAGGCCUGUGCAGAAACUUCUCCGGCUUGGGGGAGCUCCCGGAUCCCUCACAGAAAAGGAGGAGGUGCAGUUCACCACCGUCCUCUGCUCCAAGAUCCAGCAGGAUCCAGCCCUGCUCACCUACAUCCUGGAAGGUAAAAAAACUGUCGCUCAGAAGAAAGCAUCCCAGGAGUCCACAGCCCUGCCUAGAGAGACGGCCAGUAUCGAGGACCAGGACCAUCCCCACAGCAAGGCUCCUGACGGGGCCGGGGCCUUGACCGCCCAGCUGCCUGUUGAGCCCCAGGAGCCCGAUGAGGGGAUCGGGGAGAGCAACCUAAUCACCUCCCUGGUUGGCUUGUGCAAGAGCAAGAAAGGUCGUGUGGCUCUGAAGGCCCAGGAGAACCUGCUGCUCCUCGUUAGCGUGGCUCCCCAGGCAGCCGCCACCUACCUGGUGCGGAGCAGCCCUUGUUGCCCUGCGAUUGUGAAGCACCUUUGCCAGCUGUACCAGUCCUUGCCCACCUUUCUGGACCCCGCAGACAUUGCUGCUUUAGAGGGCAUCACCUGGAGGCUACCCAGUGCCCCGUCUGAUGAGGGUAACUUCCCAGGCAAAGAGGCCCUGGCUGCCUUUCUGGGCUGGUUCGAUUACUGUGACCACCUCAUCAUGGAGGCGCACGCGGUGGUUGCGGAUGCCUUGGCAAAGGCUGUGGCUGAGAAGUUAUUCAUGGAGAUCCUGCAGCCGCAGCUCCUACACGUGUCUGAGCAGAGCGUCCUGACCUCCACGGCCCUGCUGACGGCCCUGCUGCGUCAGCUCCGCUCCCCUGCGCUGCUUGGAGAGGCCGUGGCCUUCCUCCUGGGCUCGGAGCAGCGGCCGGCAGCCCCCGAGGACAGCCCCUGCACCCCGUGUGCUCACCUCAUCAGGCACUGCGACCACCUCUCUGAUGAGAUUAGCAUCGCCACGCUGCGGCUGUUUGAGGAGCUGCUCCAGAAGCCCCAUGAACAGAUCAUCCGCAGCCUGGUCCUGUGCCACCUCGAGGGCCGCCUGUACGCAGCCCGGGGUUCCCAGGAGCCCGAGAGCUACGAAGACAAUCUAGACCUAGAGGAAGACCCCUACUUCACAGACGGCCUCCUGGACGCCGGCUUCCAGCCCUCGGCCAAGCCCCAUCCAGCCCCCGCCACCAACUCGGAUGGCAAAACGGCGGUAACUGAGAUCGUCAACAGCUUCCUCUGCCUGGUUCCCGAGGAAGCCAAGACCUCCGCCUUCCUGGAGGAGACCGGAUAUGACACUUACGUCCACGAUGCCUACGGACUGUUCCAGGAGUGCAGCUCCCGAGUCAGUCCCUGGGGCUGGCCCCUGGCUCUCACCCCUCUGGACCCCCACGAGCCGGAGCGGCCUUUCUUUGAGGGGCACUUCCUCCGAAUGCUGUUUGACCGCAUGUCCCGGAUUUUGGAACAGCCAUACAGCCUGAACCUGCAAGUGACCUCAGUCCUGUCCCGGCUCGCCCUGUUCCCUCACCCCCUUAUCCAUGAGUACCUCCUGGACCCCUACAUCAGCCUGGCCCCCGGCUGCAGGAGCCUGUUCUCUGUGCUUGUCCGGGUAAUCGGGGACUUGAUGCAGAGAAUUCAGAGGGUACCCCAGUUCCCAGGCAAACUGCUCCUGGUGCGCAAGCAGCUGAUGGGUCAUAUUCCUGGGGAGCAGCUGGACCACCAGACCCUUCUCCAGGGAGUGGUGGUACUGGAGGAAUUCUGCAAGGAACUGGCUGCCAUUGCUUUUGUCAAGUUCCCCCCACAGGGUCCUCACCUGCACCUCCCCCCACCCCUGGAAGGGCACGUCUGAGCCUCCCGGGAGGGGAGGCUCCUGUUCUCACCUCUGCCCGGAGCGGCCUCCCCUCCCGCCUGGCACAGCCGCCGCCACCCUUCUCCCGGGGCAGGGGCUUGGCUCUGUCUCCUCUGUAUCCGGGGGCCUCUGCCUCUGUGGAGGCCUGGGCUUCGGCUCCCAGUUCACCUCAAGGAGAACUUGCCUUGUUGGCUACACUAGGCUGGGCUUCAGGAAGUGGGUCUCCAAGGUACCAGAGCCAAGGAGCAAAAGAGGUGGCCUCCCGGGCAGCAUGGUGUCUUCCCAGGGGAGCUGGGUGACGGCCAGGUGAGCGUCGGAAUCCAGACCCUCCUGUGUUCUGGGACUGUCACCUGUCUCCACAGGCCAUUUGUGGCCGAGGCCAAGACCUGUGAUUCAAUCCCGGUGGGCACAGCGGGUGUGAGCUGACGGCUGCAAGGGCUGGUCAGGACUGUAGGUCAGACAGAUGGGGGCAUGGGAGCCCAGACUCUGUCACACUAGGUACUAAGACUUGACAUUUUUUUUCUCUGGGCUUCUUGACUUAACCCUUGUGGAAGGGGCAGUGGAUGGCAGGGUAGCCCAUUCUUGCCUGGCCCUCCCGGAGACUGUUGCAAAAUCCCCAACCGCCUCAUGGCAAAUGGCCAAAGCAUGCUCCGCGCCCAGGCGGGGGCAGCUGCUAAUGAGAACCUUGAUGCAACUCCACCAGGGCGGGAGAGGGCCUGGGGAGCCGGGGGCUGGUGCCAGGCUCCAGCUCCAGCUGGUUUCUCUGGCGCCUUCUGAACCCGUCUCAGCAGGUCCACAACACCUGGGCAGAGGGGCUCGAGACCGGGGGAGGCCAGGCCCAGCCCACAGUGUUCUCGAUGGAAUGCCCUUCCAGGGGAGCGAGGGAGCUCAGGGUACAGAUGAGGCCAGGAGGCCCACCUGACUGCAGGCCCCAAGGCCUGGCAGGGAGGGGCUGGGGCACAGGCUGCAGGCCUGGUGUUCUCCCUGCAUGCCCUCUGAGGCUGGGGCUGCCACCCCACCCGGCCCGAAUCUGUCUCGACCUGCAGGAACACACAGGCGGCGCCAGGCAUUACCUCACAGCAGGACUGCAGUUGCUGGCUUUGCUCCUGGGCAAGGAGGAGCAGGCCAGAGCCCCUUUUGCUUCCUUUUCCUGCCCAUGCCGCUUCUGGAAGCCAGCUGCGGGUUGCCAAGAGGUGACAUGAAAGAGGAGGAAACUCAGUGACCUCUACCUCUCCCACAUUCCUCCAAGCUGGGGAGGACUGACCCGCCGUGCUGAAGGACAGCGGGCGUGUGCAUGCAUGCGUUGUGCACACGUGGGUGUGGGAGUGGGAUGGGAGCAAGCUCAGUGGGCAGACUGGGUCUGGACUCUCUGAUUCUGAAAAUGUUCAAGCGUCCAGGAGUCGCAAACACUCCCCUCCUCGAUGCACUUUGGCAUUCUCGUGGUGUACCCCCCGGACACCACGGCAAUAAAUGGUGUGGUUGCGUGGACACA